CGGAUGCAAACAGGUACACGUCUUCUUACAGUCUCACUCACUUCUCCCCCCUCGGAGCAACUCCAUUUCUGAUUCGUCUUCACUUCUUGAUGCUGCCUACUAUGUAAUUUUAUCUUCGCAAUUCCAUCUCUAAAGUCGUCCAAAUCGUUUGAUUGCAAAUAUCUCAGCGUGGAGGCUUUCCAGCUCCGUGGGAUCGGCAGUCGAAGCCAGAAAUCGGCUUUCUUCAAUGACGAUGAUAGGGUUGAGGUCCAUAGUGACAAGUUGCAGAGCAGUUGUUUUGCCGCGUUUUGGUGGGCCGGAAGUUCUUGAAGUCCGUCCGAAGGUCGAGGUUCCUGAUUUGAAGCCUCACGAAGUACUCGUUCGUGCUCGAGCUGUCUCGAUCAAUCCACUUGAUACACGAAUGCGAUCUGGCUAUGGUCGUUCCAUUUUUGAACCACUUCUGCCUCUGAUAUUGGGACGCGAUAUUAGCGGUGAAGUUGCAGCUAUUGGAAGUUCAGUUCAAUCGUUGAGUGUUGGACAAGAAGUUUUUGGUGCGCUGCACCCAACUGCUGUGAGGGGCACUUAUACUGACUAUGCAAUUCUGUCAGAAGAUGAGCUUACACUAAAGCCACCUUCAGUUACACAUGUGGAGGCAAGCGCUAUUCCUUUCGCUGCAUUGACUGCCUGGCGUGCUCUAAGGAGUACUGCUAGGAUUACUGACGGACAAAGGCUGUUGGUAUUGGGUGGAGGCGGUGCAGUAGGUCUAGCUGCAAUUCAGCUUUCAGUCUCUAUAGGUUGUGAUGUGGCAACGACAUGUGGGGGUCAAAGUAUAGAGCGAGUCCUGGCAGCUGGUGCUGAGCAAGCUGUGGAUUAUACUGCAGAGGAUGUUGAAUUGGCAAUAAAAGGAAAAUUUGAUGCUGUUUUAGACACUAUAGGUGUGCCAGAAACAGAAAGAAUAGGCAUCAACCUUUUAAGGAAAGGUGGAUACUACAUGACUCUACAGGGAGAGGCAGCAUCUCUUGCUGAUAGGUAUGGGUUAGCAAUUGGACUUCCUGCAGCAACAACUAUUUUAUUGAAGAAACAAUUUCAAUAUCGUUACUCCCAUGGAAUAGAGUAUUGGUGGACAUACAUGAGGGCUGAUCCUGAAGGAUUAGAUGAGAUCCGUAGGUUAUCAGAAUCUGGGAAGUUAAAGAUACCGGUGGAGAAAACAUUUCCUAUUACCCAAGUGAGAGAGGCACAUAAGGUUAAAGAUAAAAGGCUAAUUCCUGGUAAGGUUGUGUUGGAAAUUGACUGACUGAAGUGACUGCAGGAACCGGACAAAGAUGUUAUUCAUUUGGAGCUGUCAAAGAAUUCACGUUCAUGCUUUUCAAGGUAACCAUUUUGACGUGAUGCCACAAACAACUCUACCACAAUACAGACUGUUGAAGAUUAUGUUCUCUUGGGAAUAUAAUUCAAGACAAGUGGUUAGAGUCUCAUCUGUAUCAUUUAGGGAAAAAUCUUAAAUCUAUGAUGCGAGAAAAAUAUGAUAGCAGAAAGGCUUUAGAUAUUUUAAUAAGGAUUUUUUUUUUUUUUUGUCUUUUUUUGUUCAACUGUAAAAUGACAUAGUAGUCUUAUGUACAACGGAAAUGGUGGCACCACACCAUUCUUGCAUGGAUGGAUUGAUGGAAAACUCGAAAGUCCGAAGUGGCAGUAAUCCAUAAUUUUUGGUGUUGCAGCUGGUGCACAGUUAUUUUAUUCCUUGGAA